AUGUCUGCUGAAAAUGUGGCCUGCAAGGCCCUUGACGAAGAGGGCCUCUUUGACAUGCAGGAUCUGCUGAUCGGUGAGCACAUAUUGGAAAUGGAACGGAGGCGCUUUCAUUUCUCUUCUGAGUAUGGCCUGGAGUUCUGUAGACAUAUUAUUAGCUUCAUGCGAGGUGGCCAGAGGGCUGGGCGACGCGCGCUUUUAGUACAUUUGUUGGCGAAGGGUUCUUUAGUUGAUUACUUCCCGCGAUCACAUCUUCUCGAACUGGCUGCCAUAAAGGGAGGGCGGCUGCUUUGGGAAACGCCGAAAGAGGCCCUUACUGAGGCCGGCUGUAGCCCUUGCGAGAAGAAUUUCCCUGAUGGUGGACUCGUUAUCCUCGAUGCACGAAUGAAAUACGAAAUCAAGACAGGCUAUGCCAUAACGUUCGAGUUUGGCACAGAAGAGCUGGUUCGGAAGUGGCCGAAGAUGGAACUACCGAAGCUGGAGGUUCUUAAGCAAAAGGUCGCGAGCAUAUAA